CCCGGCACGGAAGAGAUGACGCAAUGCCGAGCGGGCGGGGACAAUUUAGGGCGGGCGUCCCGCCGCGCGCUUUCUGUUCUCAAUCUGGUCCGCCACUCUUGUAUAUUAAGGGGAAAGCCGCCCUGCCCGCUCCAGAGAUCGUGUGUCUGGGCUGCAGUCGCUAUAUCGGGAAGAGGAAAGGGCGGCAAGGGCUUAGGCAAAGGCGGUGCCAAGCGCCACCGCAAGGUCUUGAGGGACAACAUCCAAGGCAUCACCAAGCCGGCAAUCCGGCGCCUCGCCCGGCGUGGAGGAGUCAAGCGCAUCUCCGGCCUCAUUUACGAGGAGACUCGGGGUGUGCUAAAGGUGUUCCUAGAAAACGUCAUUCGGGACGCAGUCACCUACACUGAACACGCCAAGCGCAAGACGGUCACCGCCAUGGACGUGGUGUAUGCCCUCAAGCGACAGGGACGCACCUUGUAUGGCUUCGGAGGCUAAGUUGCCGCUUUAGCUCCACGUAGAUCUAUGCUAACGGC